GAGCUCCCCACCGCGUCCUCCCGGCCCUGGCGCCCCAGGCUGGGUGAAAGCCGCCCCUGGCCUUGGUCUUGGGGCUUCUCAGCUGCGCGCUUUCCCCAUCUAGAGACUUGCAAUGAGAAAGCCCGAGAGCCGGGCGGGGACGGUGGAGACCGCAGGCCGCGCAGGGCAGAAGCACCGAGGCUUCCUGGAGGGAGGGCUGCUGCUCCUAGUGACUGGCGCCCUGGUCGCCCUGGGCCUCCUUUACGCCGACAGAAGAGACAUCCAAAAGCCCAAGGACACAGGCGAAACCUGCACCACCCCUGGCUGCGUGAUGGCAGCCGCCAGGAUCCUCCAGAACAUGGACCCGUCCAAGGAGCCCUGUGUCGACUUCUACCAGUACGCGUGCGGGGGCUGGCUGCAGCGCCACGUGGUCCCCGAGACCAACUCGCGAUACAGCGUCUUCGACAUCCUCCGGGAUGAGCUGGAGAUCAUUCUCAAAGGGUUGCUGGAGAAUUCUACCACCAAGGAUCGGCCAGCUGUACAGAAGGCCAAGAUGCUGUACCGCUCCUGCAUGAACGAGAGUGAGAUAGAAAAGCGAGACUCGCAACCCCUGCUGGACAUCCUGGAGGUGGUAGGAGGCUGGCCAGUGGCCAUGGACAAGUGGACCGAGAGCAUAGGGCCCCGGUGGGAGCUGGAACAGCAGCUGGCCGUGAUGAACGCGCGGUUCAACCGGCGGGUCCUCAUCGACCUCUUCAUCUGGAACGACGACCAGGACUCCAGCCAGCACAUCAUCUACAUAGACCAGCCCACCCUGGGCAUGCCGUCCCGAGAGCACUACUUCAGUGCGGGCAGCGACCAGAAGGUACGGGAAGCCUACCUUCAGCUCAUGGUGUCGGUGGCCACGAUGCUUCGGGCGGACAUGAACCUCCCCAAGAACAGCGACCUGGUGCGGGAGGACAUGGCCCAGGUGCUGGAGCUGGAGACGCAGCUGGCCAACGCCACGGCCCCCCCGGAGGAGCGGCACGACGUCACCGCCCUGUACCACAGGAUGGACCUGGAGCAGCUCCAGAGCAAGUUCGGUCUGAAGGGAUUUAACUGGACUCUCUUCAUACAAUCUGUGCUAUCCUCUGUCAAAAUCAAGCUGCUGCCAGAUGAGGAAGUGGUGGUCUACGGCAUCCCUUACCUCCAGAAUCUUGAAGACAUCAUCAAUGUCUACUCAUCCAGGACCAUGCAGAACUACCUGGUCUGGCGCCUGGUGCUGGACCGCAUCAGCAGCCUGAGCCAGAGGUUCAAGGAUGCACGCGCAAACUACCGCAAGGCGCUGUACGGCACGACGGUAGAGGUGCGCUGGCGGGAGUGCGUCAGCUACGUCAACAGUAACAUGGAGAGCGCUGUGGGCUCACUCUACGUCAAGGAGGCCUUCCCCGGGGACAGCAAGAAUAUGGUCGGAGAGCUCAUCGACAAGCUGCGGGCAGUGUUCGUGGAGACCCUGGACGAGCUGAGCUGGAUGGAUGAGUCAUCCAAGAAGAAAGCCCAGGAGAAGGCCAUGAGCAUCCGGGAGCAGAUUGGGUAUCCCGACUACAUCCUGGAGGAGGGGAACAAGCACCUGGAUGAGGAGUAUUCCGAUCUGAACUUCUCGGAGCACCUGUACUUUGAGAACGGAUUGCAGAAUCUCAAGGCCGGCGCCCAGCGGAGCCUCAAGAAGCUUCGGGAGAAGGUGGACCAAAACCUCUGGAUCAUCGGGCCCGCCGUGGUGAAUGCGUUCUACUCCCCAAACCGAAACCAGAUUGUGUUUCCCGCCGGGAUCCUCCAGCCCCCUUUCUUCAGCAAGGAGCAGCCACAGGCCUUGAACUUUGGGGGCAUCGGGAUGGUGAUUGGGCACGAGAUCACCCAUGGCUUUGAUGACAACGGCCGGAACUUCGACAAGAACGGCAACAUGAUGGACUGGUGGAGUAACUUCUCGGCGCAGCACUUCCGCAAGCGGUCGGAGUGCAUGGUCUACCAGUAUGGCAACUACUCCUGGGACCUGGCCGACGACCAGAACGUCAAUGGCUUCAGUACCCUCGGGGAAAACAUCGCAGACAAUGGAGGGGUGCGGCAGGCCUACAAGGCUUACCUGAAGUGGGUGGCGGAAGGCGGCAAGGACCAGCAGCUGCCGGGACUGGAGCUGACCUACGAGCAGCUGUUCUUCAUCAGCUACGCACAGGUGUGGUGCGGCUCCUACCGGCCCGAGUUCGCCAUCCAGUCCAUCAAGACUGACGUCCACAGCCCCCUAAAGUACAGGGUGCUGGGCUCGCUGCAGAACCUGGCCGCCUUCGCGGACGCGUUCCACUGCGCGCGGGGCUCCCCCAUGCACCCGAAGGUGCGAUGCCGCGUCUGGUAGCCAAGGCCGAGCCGCGCUGCGCGGCCCACGCCCUCCCGCCGACCCGAGGUGUCCCGUCCGCGCGGAGACGGUGUUGCCAGCGGGGACCGGCGUGCGCCCCGCUCCCAGCGGCCGACCCACCCGCGCCGCGCCCAGCCUCCGUGCCUGGCCUGGAGCGCGACCCCGGCCCUGAGCCCCCUCCGCGCCCGCCCGCGAGGGUCUACACCGCCCACCGCAGCCCUGUAGACACAGUUAUCGGUC